UUGAAACCAGCCAGAAGUGCUUGGCCGAAAACAUGUCUGGGGAAAACCUAUAACUGUGUUAAAAAUCAGCGCGGAUAUUGGAGUACUUGGCACUGGUAGUGAAAUUUCUUUGUGAUAUACUCUUCGUUGUUGAAAAGGCAUGGAUGCGGUUCUGGCGUUUUACGCUGGGCUGGUGGUUAUCACUGGAUCUACCUACGGCUUGGUUCGUAAUGGAACAGAGAAAUUGCUGUUCCGGGACCUGUUCCGGACAUACGACACGACUCCGCGUCCUAUCAACAACAUCAGCCUCCCCGUAGUCAUUAGGUUCGGCGUGGCGCUUAAUCAGAUUCUCGAUCUUGAUGAGAAGAGGCAGGUGAUGACGACAUCUAUGUGGAUACAAGAGAGCUGGGUGGACGAGAAUUUGCAAUGGGACCCAAUGGACUAUGCCGGACUAGACACGCUGAUGGUGGCAUCUACCUACGUGUGGAUCCCUGACGUCUUCAUCUUCAACACAGCGGGAGGUGAACUAGACGGUUUUGUGAACGUCACCGGAAGUAAGCUCAUGAUCAAGAGUAAUGGCGGGAUCAAAUGGACGGUACCGUUAAUGAUCAAGAGCGCAUGUUCCAUGGAUGUCAAGUUUUUCCCGUACGACAGUCAACGGUGCCGGAUAAACUUCGGAUCGUGGAUAUAUGACGGAUCAAAGAUAGACCUACAGCCGUACCCAACUAAACCUGACCUUAAGGAAUACAUGCUCAACAGUGAAUUUGACCUUCUGGGCGUGACCCUGGACCGGACAGUAGCCAAUGAAACAUGUUGUCCAGGACCGGGAAGUCACCCAUUUAUAAACUUUGGCCUGAGAAUCAAGCGGAAGUCCAUUUAUUAUGACUACAUCGUCAUUGCACCUACCAUAAUGCUUUGCGUCCUCACACUGGCUACCUUCCUUCUGCCCUGCCACCACGGGGAAAAGAUAUCCAUCGGUUUGACGGUCUUCCUCACGUUAUAUGUACUGCAGCUGUUGAUUGCUGAAAAUGUUCCUGAUACCAAUACAACGCCUAUCUUAGGUAUCUUUAUAUUCCUGGUAAUGACGAUGAACUGCAUAUCGAUGAUAAUGGCUACGGUCGUACUCAUCAUCAAGAAACAUGGAGGCCUCAAGCCGGUUCCAAUGGUGCCAGCCUGGGUUCUUUGGUUCUGCGAAACAUGUUUGAGUAAACUUGUAUGCACUCAGCUUCGUUCAUGGGACUACAAGUUCGAUUUGUGUACCGAGCAGCGUGACCAAAUUCCUGUAUCACGUGACCGAGCCUGCCUCGUGAUGACUGACCCCAUAGGAAUUCACCACCAGAGGACGACCGACUACAGUCCGGACACGGACGACACAAUGACCGUCGUGUAUGAUGGACUGGACAUUGGAGAUUAUGUGCAGAAGAAUGUGUGUUACAACGAUAGCGAAAUCGUUACAAAUGGCGGCACAAAAACUCAGGGAAAUGGCAGCGUGCCCAAGUGUUCAUCUUCUCAUUUAGAACCAAAUAGGCGGGAAUCGGAAAUAGAAGCGGACGACGGCCAGUGUUCUUCUGCCUGUGACAUGACGUCAUAUAGACGGAUGUUGCGUAACAGGAGAUCUUAUAGACGAGCAUUGCAUACUGAUGACAUGGAUGAAGAAACAGUGAGUUUAGACAACGAGUCAGCCAAACAGGCCGAAUACAUGGAACAAGUUUUUCGAAUAAACCGUUCACGAGCCGUGAUGGAACGGAAACGUCAAUGGUAUUUCGUGGCAGAAGUUGUCGACAAGGCAUUGUUUCUAGUUUAUCUAGUCAGCAUGUUUGUUACCAUAACAACGGUACUAGUCAUAGUCCCCUGUACGGCCCCGUCAACGUAGAGCGACACCUAGUCCUGUUGGUCAACUUUGUUAUCAAUAACGCACGCCACCUAGCGAGAAUCACUUUGUGAACGGCGUAUAUUUUCUUCUAUUGAGCAUCAUUUCGUUACUUAAAAACGCCACCUAGUGGCAGCACCUAGUCAUCAGUAUAUCAAUAUACCUACUGACCGUCCAUUUAUUAUGAAAAAAACCGUAUUGUAUAAUCAUUUUUGUAUCUAAGAUUGUUAAAACCUACGUAAUUCCUGGAUUUCAGUGGGGACGUAAUGGAUACCACAUAUGGCACCGGAAAUGCUUACCUUCCAAAACAUGUGAUUUCCUAUCAACUUCAAGUCGCUAUCUUUCCUUACAUUGCAAAUUUGACAACUGUCACGAGAGAAAAAAAAUACCAUCAUCUUUUAACUUUUAUUAUGCAAAGCGUAUGGAAAUAUUGAUAUCAGUAAUACAUUUCUUCAUUCUUUAUUUAAGUAUCCUGAAGUAAAUUAUGUUUCAAUCUACACAAAAUUUGAUUAGCUGAAACUGAAUUUUCACAAUUUUCCAUUCCGUAUACUUUCAUUUUCCCCGUUCAUUGGUUUUUAAGGUGUAAUUUUCCAAAUAUUUUCAGUUGGUUAUAUUCUGAAUAUCUCAUCAAAACUUGAAAACCAAUAAACAAAAACAAAAUUGACGAUAUUGUGGGAUAAAAACUCAAAAUUAUCUUUCAUGAUGUAAAAUUAGGUUCAGGGUCACCACAAAUGACUCAAGAAGAUUCACGUUAAUUUACAUCCAAGGUCCUGAACGUUUUAUUUACGGUUUUUGAUUUUGGAAAGCCGUCAUAUUCACACCGCAAUCCUAGCUAGCACUCCCCGCAUGCGCAGUACUAAAAUACACCUUACCAAAACGAACAGAGAAGCGGUUAAACCUGAACCGACGCCGUAGUUGGUUAAAACAAUAUUUUAUUUACAAAUAUGCUGUACAUAAUAUAUAAUUUUACAUAAUGUAAUAUUAGGGAUCUGGCAACAAGAGUAGGCUCUUAUAUUAAGCCAUCUCCCAAGCCACUCCGUAGUUUUUUACCGAAAUGUUGAAACCAUGACAUUAUUUUUCAAACGUCACUGACGGAUAUAGGUGAUGAUUGUACACCGGCAAUAAUAUCUUUGACAUGAUCAGCGGUACAUCCUUGACAGUGGGAUCUAGGCUUUUGGGGUUAGAUAUUUAAUAUUUGAGAAGCUGACCCUCAGUUUCACGACACUAUCCGCUUAAUUCAAGGAAAGUCCUUAACUUAAAAAGUUAUGGAAAGUUUUCCUUUACUAAAGAUAUUUUCCUAAACUCCAAUAAUGCUUUUCUAAGGAAAACUUAAGUAAAGGAAUUUAAGGAAUUUCCUUUAAAUGAUUUUCUAGAACUCGAAUUUGUAAGAUCGUGAAACUGGGUUCUGAAGUUAACAUUAGUUAUCUCCCUUUGUACAUAUUAUGUUUUUGCUUGUUGAUGUGUCAAGCGUGCCUACUACACUUGUACAACAUGCAUUAGACUGCAUUGAUCGUUAUAAGAAACUUUGCGAAACAUUUCCACAUAUCUAAAUAUAUGUCAUAUGAUUCAUUGUGUUGUAAAAUCAUGUUCGUAAGAAACCAAAACUCGAAAUCUGACAUUUCAAAUUAAAUGUCUAUUGUUAAUACUUUCAUUACAGGUUUACUGACGGAUCCCAGUCCAACAGCACUAGUUUUUCGUAUUAACAGUAAAUUCCCGUUAAUUCCGUUUUGGCUGUAACAGUAGACCAUGAAACUACUACUCCUUUAAAGAAAGAGUGGUCAGCCAUUUUAAUUCCUUGCCAAAUCACGUCGUCACAUCACCAUCAAUAAAGAUGAUGGAUAAGCGCUGGGAACACCAAGAAUGUUAUUACAAACAUGAACUCGACCAUGAUGAACUUUUUCACUGUCGGGGAGGCUUGCGACACAAAAUGAUCAUGAUAUACAUAGACAUUUGCCUGCGUCCAGUAGUACUAUCAUAUUAUAUUAUUAUGAAACUUCCGUUUACCAGGUAAGCUCAGUGGGUUAGAGCGGCAGUACAGUUACAGUUCGAAUCACUGUCUAGCCCCACUGAAUUUUUUUUUUUAAUUCAAAACACUGUUGUUGAUGACAUUUUGUUUAUUUUAUCUUUAUUGUAUUUUUUUAGUAAAAGUCCAGCAAGGUAUGCCUUUCUUCUCAGAAAUGAUUUAAACAAAGUAAUAAUCAUGUCGGAAUAAACAGUUUCCAAUGCCUAGUAACAUUUUUUGGCAGUGGUCCGGGGAUCCUUAGUUUAUUUUACAUCUACAAAUAAUUGAUGAAACGUAUAGCAUUUUUAUGUAUUUUUAAACUUUGCGUUUCAUUGACCUUUUUUAAUUUCAAAUCUUUUCUUAUUCAAAACUUCUUUUUAAAAUGUUGAAUAAAAACUAGGAGAAUAGUACACAUAGAGUGACAGAAAUUGUUUUCCUAUAUAAUGUAAAUGAUUUGAGUACGUUAACGGAGGUCAUUUUUGUCUUAGUCCUCUAGAUCUGCUCAGAGUCGAAAUCGAAACUACAGAAAGUUAUUUCUGUGCUCUGUAAUAUUAACUGUAUUUAUUAUACAGCAAUUAUGCACGUACUUAAAUGAACUUAGCUGUUGAUAGAACGUCAAACCCAACACAACAAAGCAACCGACCAAUAGCAAUUACGAAAUCCGUGUUAUCAACUUAUAUUAAUCACUUGUGUUGGCCCGGAUGGAAGCGGGUAAGGGGUCUUAAUGUUCUAGAUAGUUCAACACUGUGACAUAUACUCCUCCCAUGGUAGAACAUUUAAUGGUUUUCCCGUUGCAUAUUGUACAUAGUUUUACUCGAAUAGAAGAAUAUACCAAUACUUUAUUAAAAGAUAUAGUGACGUGCCAUGAUUUUUCAUGUUACGUCAUUUCGACAUUAGAUCCUAUGUUAAUUUACUUCAUUUAAAAAAGAAAUAUAGUUUGACAUCAAAUUUUGAUAAAAUUUUACGUCCUGCUAGAGAAUGAUGCAGCGCUUCUUCCGGUACAAUGUAUUUACGUUAUUACACGUGUUAUUGAAAUAUCAAUUUUCAUCCAAUAGACACAAUGUAAAAUUUUUACAGAAUUGUUCUGGUAAUUAAUGCGUCUUGGUUAUAAUUUCUACGAAACGGAUAAUAAUAAUAAUCAUAUAACAAAUGGAAGCGCUAGAUAAUUUUCCAGUCGUGUGCCAAAUUUCAUGUCAGGAAAAUUUCAAAAUUUCAAAAUUGAAUUAACAUAGAAUCCGGGGAAAUGACGUAAUGUGUAAGACGUAUGGCACGUCACUGUAUAUAGCACUGAGUAAUUGGCAGGUAUGGAAUGAUAACGGUAAAUGGAGUCGCGCCGUUGAUAUAAACAUGAUAACAAUUGCUAUGAACUAUAUGACUUCAUAAUGGAAGAUGAUCAGACGUCGCAAAGCGUUUUUGUUUCUUGACGUCAUAACUAGACGAUUGACUAAUGAAAUAACAUACAGGCCCCAGUUACUAAAAGGUUGGUUAACUUAAACCAGUGGUUAGCGAAACAUUCAGAUUGUUGUCAAUACAAAACAAGAGCUUUCAAAGCAAUAUAAGUCCCCGCAACACAUCAAUAUAAUCGGUCUGAACAAAUCUAGAGCGGUGACAUGAUUUUAGAUGUUCUUGAUUCGAUGUAUAUAUUGUUAAAUUUCCCCUGACCACUAGUUAACUUAAACCAAGUUCUAAGCAACCUGUAUGGGCCUAAGAUGUUUCCCACUAGCGGGUAACCGAAAUCGGUUUACCAACUCCUAGCAGGUUUAACCAAUGAGCUGAGAGUGAUGAAACCUACAGUAUAGUGCGUAGUUUUGGGAGAAAAUGAUAUCUUUCACUCAUUGAUUAAUUCAUUAAUAUAUAUAUAUAUGUACCAAUCGAAACGUUUAUUGUUAUUUAAUGCAUUGUAAUCAACUGUCAAAUCUGGAGUUGUUAAGGUAUAUAAAAACUAACUACACAAUCGAUGCAUUUUUUGUAAGUGAUUAUUACCAGACUAUGGAUUACGUUGAACAGCCCAUUCAAAAUGGCGAACAGACUUAUUGUCAUGUGUAACGUCAUUACAAUAUGGCGCCAAAUAUUACGUAAUUCAUCACCGCACCUUUAGAAAUGAUGUGUGUUUGUCGUUUUGCUUUCAAAAUAAAUAAACAGAAAAAGUUGUUUUCCUGUCGAAUAUUACGGGUUUUUCACUCAUGUCGCUGAAUACACCUUUGGUUUUUUUUUCACUACAGCUUUCAACUUGUCAAAAAAAUAUCAGUAAUUUGUAAUAUGAGUGAAAUAGAAAUGGUAUCCAAUAAGAAACGAAUAAAUAUUCUUUUAUAAUGCACUAUGUGUAUGGGCAUGUCUACCAUAUUCGUUGUACAAAUGCAUGAAUAAAAAAUAAA